CAGAGGAUGUGUGUGUGAAGCUGGAGGAUCAUGAAGAAAGAAUUUCAGUUUUUAAAGAGGAGGAGGAGUGCAAGUGGGUGACUGUUACCAUUAAAUCUGAGGAUUUGAAUGAUUUCUCCAUUGGUCUUGAACUUCAAAAGCAUGAAACUGAGGAUAUUUUCAAGCAAGAGGCCUGUGAAGAAUCUCCAUCCAGUUUACAGCCCUGGUCCACUAAUACAGGACAUCUGGCUAUGCAGGAGAAUUCUGCAGAGCUGAAAUCAGAGUUAUCAGAGUCUGAAGAGAAAAUCACUGAGGGAAAUGGGAGAGAAGUAGAAGAGUCACCUGGGAGUGUUGGAAUAAAUUUACAGAAGAAUGGCGGCUUCUGUCCACCUUCAUUUGGUCAGCUCUCCCUUCAGUACAAAGAGAAAGGUAUGAAGAAAUCAGCAAGAGGAUCAGAGAACCUGACAGCAGCCUUUUUGCAGUGCAGUUCUCUCCCUGCUACUGGAGUAACACAGACAGAAGCCAUUGAAAUUGAUGGACAGCAAGUGGAGAAAGAAAUCCAAAUUCAUACUGGAAAAAAAUGUUGUUUGAAAUGUGGCAAACAAUUCACACACAAAAGUGAUCUUAAUAAGCAUAUGAAGAUUCACACAGAAGAAAAAGCAUAUUGUUGUCAUGAAUGUGGUAAGUCAUUCUCAACGAGUAGCUAUCUUCAGAUCCACAGAAGAAGCCACACAGGAGAAAACCCUCAUUGCUGUUCAGAAUGUGGUAAAUCAUUCUCAUGUAUAGGCACGGAAGAAUCCACACAGGAGAAAAACCAUCUUCAGAUCCUCACAGAAGCCAUCUUCAUCCACCACACAGGAGAAUGUAAAGUCAUUCUCAACGAAAAGCUAUCUUCAGAACCACAGAAGAAUCCACACAGGAGAAAAACCUUAUUGCUGUCAAGAAUGUAG